GUGUAAAUUUGCAUUCUGCGACAAUAAUAUUUGUGAAUUAAAACAUAUUUAUUUAAAGUAUUAGCCAUAUUCUUAUUAAUCGAACCAGUAUUUAAAUAAAUACUAUUUAAUUGGUAACUACUGUUACUAUUUGGAGUGUUUAUCAAUUAAACUAUUUUGAUUUUUUUUUGUAUUCAAAGUGAUUAGUGGUCAUAUCAAUGGGUGUAACAAUUCAUGAAGUAGGUAUAAUGAGGAUGCAAAUGAAUGCUGUCUGAUGUCCUAUAAGGGCAACUGAAUAGAAACAUUAUUGCUGAAACAGAAAAUGUGAAUAAACAAAAUGGAGCCACAAAAACCGUUCGCCUGUACAAUCCCUGACUGCGGCAUGACAUUCACCAACGAGGACCACCUGCACGUGCACACCAAGAAACAUGACAUGGUUCUGCAGCUUGGCAUGGAGCAGAAGGCAGCAUUCGCUGCGGACCAAACGCCGACGCCAACACGCUUUAUAAGGAACUGCGAAGAAGUGGGGCUGUUCCAAGAUCUGCAGAAUGUCACCGUCAACCCGUUUGAUGAAGGCUUCAAGCGAGCCAUGGAGGCUAAGCACAACGUGCUAUCGUUGGAAUCAGCAUCAGAAGAUGUGCUACACACACCGCACCUUGUUUUCCCUUUGGACGCGGAUUGUACAUUAUAUAAAGCUAAUAAUCAAAGAAAUAUUACUAUUAGCAGGUCAUCCAGCGACGAGUCGGGCGCCGUAAAAGAAUAUGAAACAACAACUAUAUCGAAACUCACAAACGAAGUGACCACCAUAAGCAGAGUUGUUAAAGACACAGAUGAGUCAAAACACGAAAAGAAAGAUGUCGAAACAGUCUCCUACACAAAUAACGUUAUAAAAAUACAUGAAAUAAGAACAGACGGCAAAGUUAAUAUAGAGAAAAAGGAUUUAGAAGCACCCCCACCAAUAAUGAGCCAGAAGUCAUUAGAUUAUGUUGUCGACAGCUUGACAAGUGACGUCACGGAAGAUAAUAAAGUCAAAAAAAAGCAUGACAAGAAAAAGAAAGACAACAGUGAUGAAAAUAUAGAAGUUAUCAUAAAACUGCCAAAUGGGAAACGGAUUAAAAUGGAAGCCGUGGACGAUAACAAAACUGUUGAAAACGAGACAAAGGAAAAACUAAAAAGUGUUAUAACUAAUAAGAAAAGUUCGCCACCUGCACCUGCACCUACGGGUAUGUUAAUACCUGUUAAAGUGAUAAAUACAAUACCUGUUGUGCACAAAUUACCUAUACCGAGGUUGCCUAAAGUGAACGGUGGAGUGAGGACCAAAAGUGAUAGUGUUAGUGUUGGUGAACAGAAAAGUGAUGUUAAUAACUCAGCCCCCGGAAUCACAGACACAAUAGAAAAUCUAUUGUGUCGUGGUCUGAUCAGGCCGCUCGGGGAAUUGAGCUCGGUUAAUGAUGUGAACGAAAAGCGGAGUUAUUCGAGUGCCGCUUCUAAACGUUAUAGGGAAAAAUUGAAAGACGUAAAACAUCGUCAAGAAAUGGAGGUGCAGAGAUUGAGAGAUGCCAACUUAAAACUGAGCUCUGAAAACAAAGUGUUAAGGUUGAUUUUGGCGAAACAUCUAAAGAAAUGCCCAAUGGGAAACGACUUGAGUGACAUACAAGAAAAACUAAUCGACAUCGAUCUUGAUACGAGUAAAUUGUGAAGAAAUUUUUUGAAAAUUUUUGAAAAAGUUAUUUUGGAAAAUUAAGAAAAUGGAUGAUACCAUGAAACUAUGAUAUUCCGAUGUCAAUGAAGGGAUUGUACAAGAUUAAAAAGGAAAUAAAAAUGAAAUUUUAUUUCUAUAAUCUACCUACUAUAUAAAUAAAAAUCGGUCAAGUGAGAUUCGGACUCGUAAAACAAAGGGUUCCGUAUAUCUGUACGUUCUGCAAAAUAAAUUAAUGAAUUCGAAAGGAAAAAGGAAGAAAAAUUUUAUUUAUUCACGUAAGAAAUAUAUGAGUAAGUACAAAAUAAAAUAAAUUGAAUAAGAAAAAAAGAUCACCCAUCCAAUUUAUGACCGCGCCAACCGUUGCUUAGCCAUAAUAUUUUUAUUUAUUGCAAUAGCGGCAACAGAAAUGUAGUAUCUCUGAAAAUUUUUAACUGGCUAACUAUCGUGGUUGGUUAAAUACAGCCUGGUGAUAGACAGACAGACAGACAAACACAGAAAUCUCAAUUAUAGGGUCCGGACUCCGGUUUUACCAUUAUGUACGGACCUCUAGAAAUUAACCUCUAAAAGUGUUGGUAAGCGUGAAACUCGAGAACGGCUCGACCAAUUCGGCUAUUUUUUGCUGGCUAGGUCUAUUAAAUAUAUUAAACUCAAAGGUUGAUUGACAUAGUGAUGUAUCAACGCACAGCCAAAACUACUGUACGGACCGGGCUGAAAUUUGGCAUGCAGGUAGAUGAUAGGACGUAGGCAUCCGCUAAGAAAGGAUUUUAAUCAAUUCUACUCCCAAGGGGAUAAAAUAGGGGAUGAAAGUUUGUACCAUGAACAUUAAUCGUUUCCACGCAGGCGAAGCUGCGGGCAACAUUUAGUCU